GGAGUGUAAGUGAUUAAUUAUUUCAUAAUAUUUUUCUUUAAAGCGUCGAUGGAUCAGUCGAUAGUGUAGAUAGUCGAAGUCAAUCAGAUUGUUCCAGUGACCAUCAACCUAUCAAAGUAGAAUCACUUAAUAAGAAAUAACCGAGAAAAAGUCUCCCGUCUUACAACGAGACAACAAAAUUUACUCGACCAUCUUAUUUCCUGAUUUUAAUUAGCAAUCAUGAUACAACACGUGGUUAAUGACACCGUGUGAUUGGUUAAUUGAAUUUAUAAGAUUGGGUGGAAAAGUUAUCAAAUUUAUAGACGAGAUCGAUGAGGUUGUGUGAAUAAACAAGUAGCCCUACAAGUGAAAAUACGAAAAAUCAUCAGUCAGGUUUGUGUGAAAAACACAUGUUUUGUGUAUGAACGACGAGACAAAAACUUCUCCCUCCAACAACUAAAGAACUAACAUAUGGAGUGAAGCACUUUCAAGUAUCUACUUUAGAUCAUGGAGUUGUUGAGAUAAAGAUGACAUGAAGCAUCAUUUGGGCUCUGAAAUCCUAUCUACCCAAGUUGUUGGUACGAGAGAGAAAAAGUACAUAGUUUUCACAUCUGAUUUCCUUUGUGUAGCUCAUUACGUAUUAAUUUCUAAUACGAAUACAACAACUAUCAAUCAACAACAAUAUUUACAAACACAUCGAUUUACAAAUGCACCGGAUCGGAAAAUCUCCACAUCCACACGUGUCCCAAGUGUGUGCAAAGUGAGAAAAAAAAAGGAUGUGCAUAUUUGUCGGGGGACCCUUUCACCCAACAACGAGGGUGCCACCAAAACUGAAAAAGAACAUGGAAACCAAGUCAGAAUCUCUUCCUUUCAGCUAGACAUCCAUUUGCUCCUUCUCCAUUUUUUUUUUCCUCACAGCUUUUCCCUGCUCCAAUAAUACCCUCGUUAUAAAACUCCCUUCUUUUCAUGCUCCCCUUUAUUCUCCGGUCCCCCUCUCUUUCUCGGCCCUUUAUUCUCUCCCUCUCCAAUAACCAAACAAACGAGCCGCACCAAUAUAUUCCCUAGCCAUUCUCAAGUUCUCAUCACUCCUUCCACUUUCGCAGAAAACAAUGGCUCCAUCACUCUCUGAAGAAGAAGAAGAAGAUACUACACAUGACGAUCAUCGGACGUUUGACUAUGAAGAGCUCGCCACGGCCACCGGAGGCUUCUCUCCUUCCAACCUCAUCGGCAGAGGCAGCCACGGCUCGGUUUACAAAGCCUUCCUCCACCGACCAGACCAAGUCGUCGUUGCGGUUAAGAGAUCGAGCUUGGGCCACCAUACCCAGGUGACCCGCGAGAACUCCUGCAAGCUCGAGAACGAGAUACGGACUCUGUCUUCUCUGCAAAUAAGAAGACAGAGCCCGUCCUACGUCAUCAACUUCCUGGGAGCGAGCUGCAGUUGUUCGCUCCAGGAGGAAAGACUUCUGGUCGUGGAGUACUUGCCUAACGGCUCACUGGAAGACCUGUUACACGAUAAAGAAGUUGCUCUUCCUCUCAGAUCAUGCCCGUCGUGGGCUCAGCGAGUUGAGAUCGUCGUUCAACUCGCCAGGGCGGUCGAGUUCCUCCACGAAGGGUGCAAACCGCUCUGCAUCGUUCACAGGGAUCUCAAGCCCUCGAACAUCCUGUUCGACUCCAACUGGAAGCUGAAGCUGGCUGACUUCGGACUGGCUGUGUCGCGACACAGCCAGUCCAGUACAAACCAGCCAGCAGGCACUAUAGGCUACAUGGACCCGUGUUACACGACCUCCAACCAUUUGACCGCGAAGGUCGACGUGUACAGCUUUGGGGUGGUCGUGCUCGAGAUCUUGAGCGGACGAAAAGCGAUGGACGUGGCACGAUCUCCUUCGUCGAUCGUGGACUGGGCGACCUGGUUGAUCAUCAGGGAGCAGAGGGCUAUGGAGAUCUGCGACGUGGCGGCGGGGCCGCCGGAGUACUUCAUGGCGGGCACGGUGGAGAAGCUGUUGUACGUGGCAGCACGUUGUGUGUCGCCGAAUCCUGACGACCGGCCGACGAUGGGGGAAGUCGUUGCCGGUCUGGGAGGGAUUUGUGGGCCGGUGAUUCGUCGGCCGGACCGGGUCAGGAUGCCUGGGUGGAUGGAUUUGGUGAGGAGGAAGUUGAAGCGCGUGAGGAAGAAGAGGAAGCUGGAGGAGAGCGUGAAGAAGGGGCAGGUGGUGGUGAAAUGUGCGGCGGGGAAGGAAGGUGAUGGUGGUGGUCAAAGUCAAAGGAGCAAAGGGAAGUUGUUGCUUUGGGAGCUACUGGCUGAUAUUACACUUACCUAAGAAUAUUGCUGUUGUUGGUGGAUGGAUCUACUUGAUUGUGUUAGUGUAUAGUUGUUUUGAUUUUGAUUGAUAGAUAGUUCUGUGUAUGGGAUUCUUUGGUGGUUUCCUGAAAUUUUGGAUGCUUGAGAUUAAGUCUAACUAGAGAUGGAAAAAAAUAAAAUAAUUCGGGUUUAUUUUUUUAAUUAUUAUGUAACAAGUGUGUCUGUAACACCUUAGGCAAAUCCCACGUCGACAAAGCACGGAUCCAUGGUAAAUGGAGGAGUUCUUGUGAGAACUCCGAAGUUAAACGUGCUCAUUAUGGAGUACAACAAGGAUGGGUGACCUUAUCUUCGUCAGGAAAAGGUUCGA